GGAGGGAGCGGUCCGGGCUCGGAGCAGCGAUCCGGGCUCGGAGGAGCGGUCCGGGCUCGGGGGAGCGGUCCGGGCUCGGAGGAGCGGUCCGGGCUCGGAGGAGCGGUCCGGGCUCGGAGGAGCGCGGUGCCCGCACCGAGCCAUGGGCGCCUCCGCGUCCGCGCAGCUGGACGAGAGCAAGUGCGCCUACAUCCGAGGGAAAACAGAGGCCACCAUCAAGAACUUCAGCCCCCACUACCGGCGCCAGCACGCCGUGGCUUUCUGCAGGCACGUGCAGGAGGAGCUGGAGCAGCACCGCCACUCCCAGUCCCGCUUCCUGAAAACCAGGCCUGCGGGGGAAGCCGGGACAGUUCUGUACGAAGCAGAGCUACUGCACUUCGCUGAGGACCUGAAGAAGUGGAAGGACAGAUACGUCGUGAUCAAACGCGACUACACUGUGGAUUGCUUUGAGACCAAGGAGGCCUACCAGAAGGGAGCCAGCCCUAAAUAUCACAUUCUUCCUGCAGGAGGCAAAGUCCUGACUUCAGAAGAAGAUUACAAUUUACUGUCUGAUAAACAUUUUCCAGACCCUCUUGGCUCAAGCGAGGAGGCGGCUGCAGCCUUCGUUCCGCUCCCGAAGGAGUUCCCGGUGUACCUGUGGCAGCCCUUCUCCAGGCACAGCUGCUACUGCUUCCCAGAGCCAGGGGCACAGAGCCGCUUCAGCGCCGCGCUGGGGGACUGCGUGCGGCACGCCAACCACGACUUUCUCAAACAGACCACGUAUGAAGUGGAGGCGUUCUUAGAGGCCAUUCAGUUCUUCAGGCAGGAGAAAGGCCACUAUGGCCCCUGGGAAAUGACAACUGGCAAUGAAAAAGAGAUCCUGAGCAACCUGGUGAUGGAGGAACUGCUGCCUAACCUCCAGACAAUGAUCCUGCCUAAAAUGAAGGGCAAGAGGAAUGACAGGAAACGGGCCUGGUUUGGGAUCGUAGAGGAAACCUAUGGCUUAGUCCAGCAGCAGGUGGCAGAAGGAUUAAGUACCUUGAAAGAAGAAUGUAGAGAAUUUGCAAAAACUCUUGAAGGCACCAUUCGUUCAGACAUGGAUCAGAUUCUGAACUCCAAGAACUUCUUAGCUGGAAAAAUCAAAGCCAGUGUUUCUGAGCCUGCCCAGAAGUGCUGCACUGAGAACAUCCAGCCAUUUCUCACCUCCAUCCUGGAGGAGCUCAUGGGCCCCAUCAGUUCUGGAUUCAUGGAAGUGCGCUCGCUUUUUGAUAAGGAAGUGAAUGAAAUCAUCCAGGACUUCCAGAAGAGCAAUGACAUGACCAGGCUAAAGGAGAAUGUGGAUCAGCUCAUGACCCUGCCCUUCAACUCAGUGAAAAUGGAGCCCUGCUAUCUGAAAGUGAACCUGCUGCAGGAGUUCCUGCAGGACCUCAAGAAUCGCUUCAAGGUCUAUCACAUCGAUUUUGUGAUUCAGAGGACGCAGAACUUCAUGCAAGAGCUGAUGGAAAAUGCAGUGUAUACUUUUGAGCAGCUGUUCUCUCCAAGCCGCCAGGCAGACUCGGCCAAAGUUGCAACAACCAUUGAAAAAGUCAAGCUGAGAGUGCUGAAGCAAUACGAUUACGACAGCAGCACCAUCAGAAAGAAGAUAUUCCAGGAGGCACUGGUGCAGAUUACCCUGCCCACAAUGCAGAGGACACUGGCUUCAACAUUCAAACCAGAGUUGCAGAGAUACGAGCAGUACAUUUUUGCUGAUUACACAAGUGUGAUCCAAGUAGAGAACGUGUAUGAAGAGAUUUUGUAUCAGACACUGCUUGAAGAGGCCCUGAAAGUGAUCGAAGAAGCUGCUGUGCUGAGGAAGCACAACCUGUUUGAGGACAGCCUGAAGGUGCCCUGCGAGAGCGUGUCCAGCCUGACGGAGCUGAGGACCCCCGUGGGAUCAGCACAGGGCACCCCCACCAAGGUGCCCUCGGCUGCCCGAGCCGAGGGGUCGGACACCGAGAGCCACGGGGACAAAAUGCUCGUUGUGACCGGGAAAAUUGCGUGGGAGAAGGAUGCUGAUGAGGGAAAGUCACCAGACAAAGAGGCAGGCACCUCUGUUAGUGCAGCUGGUGAUCAGGCCAGCAGCAGGGAAGCAGUGGCUGUUACAGACAUUGGUGACAAACAGGAGUCCCCUUCGGCUGGCCACAGUGAACAAGGAGUUGCAGAGGGGAAAAGCGCGUUGGAGAACGAAUCAGAGUGUGUAGUGAGCACUGAGGAAGAACUCAAGGCACAACAAAAAGCUGUUGAGGAAACAGUAGCUUCUGAGACUGACACUGCAGUAAAAAAUUUCGGAGCCAGCCCUCAAAUAGAACUUAAGGUACCUGAAGGAGCAGCGGAGGAAGAGGUGACUUCAGAGAGUCAAACAGUCAUGGCUGCUGUGACUGUCAGCGGCGCUGAGAAAGCAAGCACAGCACAGGAAAAGGUUUCUGAGAUAAAGCUCACUUGCCCACCUGAGAGUGUAAGAGAUACAGAGAUCUUAGGGAGUGUGGAAAACAAAAACAAAGUAGAAAAUGAAAUUAUGGAAAAACUAUCUCAGAGUGAAAAUGCAGUAGGAACAGGGUUUGAAGGAGAUAGUGAAAAAGAAAGCGAUGAGAGUGCUGAGGCAAAGAUUGUCUCCCAGGACGAAAAGAGAGGGAAAGCAGGGCUUGGGGAUAGUCCUGAAAAAGAAAGCCAGUCAGAAGAAAAGAGUUGUAAGAGUUGCAAAUCCCCCGAUGAUGUGAACGAGAUUAGGAGUUUGCUGAUGUUGACAGUUGAGAUCCCAGCAGAUACUCCAGCUGAGAACAUCAGGGAGGUCUGUGAGGGCGAGCUGCUGAAGUUGCAGGAGCACCACAAUGGGAGCUACGAGUUGAGGGAAGUGGCCGUGGCAGGAAUUGAGGUGAGCCAGCAGAUGAGGAGUGAAGAUGCAGGAGAAUGUGUGGAGCUGAAGGAGGAGCGCCCAUCCUCGGGCAGCCUGGGGACAGAUGGCAGGAGUGUAGAGAGCGUGCCCAGGGGGGCACAAGCACCGUGGCUGGUGGAGAGCUCGGCUCCGCCUCGGGAGGCAAAGGUGGAGAGCGAACCGGGUGAGAGGCCGCAGCCAGAGCAACACGCGGGAAAUGCGGUGGAAGCGCAAAGGCUGUGCGGGGAGGAAGGAGCAGGGAACAGCCCCGCUGUCCCGGGGGAGGCUGGCACACAGAGCUCCUUUCCGAGCCCUGCUGCAGGCGGAGGCACGGGGGACGUGCCCAUCCUGGAUAGCGCCAACCCGGGCCCAGGACUGCUGGAGCCGGUGUCGCUGGUGCCGCAGCAGCGCCCGGGGCGGCCCGGGGCGCACACGGAUCCUGGCGAGCCAGAGCGAUCUGCACACGCAGGAAUCCCGUGCACAGCAGGAAAAGCCCUUCUCCAGGAAGAACACCGAGAGGCUGGCUCUACGCAGCAAAACUCCGAGGAGUAAAAGGCAGCUUUCACAGCCCUGCAGCACCUACCUACUCCAGUAAUCCCCGUUCCAUUGUGAAUACUUGCCCAGGUGGGGGCUGGAGGAAAUGCGCUUUUUGUGGGUGUCCCCAGCUACUGCACGAAUCCCUUCCUGAGGGAUGGGCGAUGGGUUUCUUUUUGGUUAAAACCAGAUUACUGCUCAGGAGCCUCAUCUGUCACUUCAAAUCUGCUCCCUUUUAAAGCUAGAGAAAAAGUCUGAAAAUGUGACCACUGAAUACUUCAAACACCCAACUACCAUCAACUUACUUUAACAACUUGGCUGUUCUUAGGGAUCCUCCUGAUUUUUAAAUGCAUGGUUUUGACAAGUACCGCUCUGAUUCUGGUGGUUGGUACAUACAUACUCCAGGGUGCUUUUAGAAUUUGCAUGCAGCAUACAGGAAAUAAAAGCAUUUUUAGUAGUAAGCAGAACCAAAUAGUUGAUUUAGUAGAUUGCUGAAAAGCCACACUGUGCAAACUCUGCAAACUGAUUACUUAAUUAUUUUCAGGUUUUGGCAGUUCUCAAAGACAAGCAAAUAUUCUGAUUUUUAGGGGUUUUUUUUCUCUUAUUACUGUAUUUAAAAAGGGGAAAGUAUGGGAGCAGGUUUCUCAGUCCCACUCUGCACUUCAGGGUUAUUUAGCCUUCCAGAGCACUUUAUGGCUAUUUUGUUUUGUUUUGUUUUAUGGAAGGGAGAGAAGAGAAUGUUUACAAUAACUAUAACCAUUAGGUAGCAUUUCUCUGGUUUAAAUUCCACCAUAAAAUUCAUACAGAGUAUUGAGUCCUGCCAUUCCCAUUCUCACUGAGUUACUCAGGUCUGUAGACCUUUUUUAGGUGUGGAAAUCAUGUAAUAAGUGGCAACAAUUGUGAAAUAUUGGAAUCAUUGCAUAUAAUUUCUAAUGCAGAUGUUAACUGAAGUGACAGGCAGCCAGAGGUUGUUAUACAGGUGCUGAGAUUUUGGCAGGCAGAAUCACAUUACAAAAGCAGUUAUUAGAAUGAGACAGUUGCUUUCAUACCCACAAUCUGUAUCAAGCCAUGAUCUUGGUGCAGAGUUGCUUAAGUGUGUUCAUUCCAUCUCAGUUUGCACAGAAAAGCUUGGAGACUAAACCCAGUAUUUUAGUAAAUUGGCCUUUCAAAUGCAAGACCUCACUUUAGAGGUCAGUUUAAGGCCUUGAUAUUCUGGCCCAGUGUCUUGAGCCUGUUUCUGAAUGUCAUACAGUACAGGACAGCAAAGAUUAAUUAUAAUUGCAGCAAGGAGUGCAGGAUUUAUGCCCAUAAAGACACAGGAAGAAAUAACAAAGUCCCGGGAGCAUAAUAUGUGUUAGCAUUUAACUUCAGCAAACUGUGCAAAGUCUUUUAAGGCUAUCAAAAUAUUCUUUAAUACUAACAGAAAAUUGACACUAGAGGAACAGGCAAAUAUUGCUGUGUGAGGAAGGAGCCUUGUUGAAUAACUGGAUUAACUGCUCUGUCACUGCAGUAAAAUAAAUGCAGUUCCUAUUUAUUCUAGAAGCUGUAUUGUUGUAUGGAAAUGUGAAGGUCAUAAAUGUUUUCCUUGCACAAGUACUUUGACUUGUUUCCUCCUUAUAUUUAAUGCAAAAAUACUAAUUUUAAACAUACAAACCACUGCCAGUGGCUUUUUAACAAAUCAUUGGUUAUUUCACUGUCAGCUGCUUCACUUUUAGAAAUCAUUAACUAUUUUAAUUGGUACUGACUUAAAUUUACAAAGUGCUCUAGAGUUAAGCAGCAGCAAGCAGCCUUUUUAAGCUAAAAUUAGGGGACAUGAUGGGUUUUUGAUAUUUUUUUGUAUGAAAGACAACUAGCAUGGCAACAAAAAAGACUGCAGCCUCCUGCAAAAGGAAACUAACUCAUUCUAAUAUGAAUUAGAUACAUCUGUACUGAGACAUUUUGCAUAAGUAUUUCCAUAAUGGUAAUUUUGGAGUUAUUUCUGUGGCAGGCCUAGAUCUGGGUAAUCUUUUCCUCUGAUACAAGUUGCUUUGCUGAAUGCAGCUGCUCAGAUGUUUUUCACCAGUGAGAUGGGUAAGGAUGGGGAAGAUUCAGCCUGUACAUUGCCUGGUUCUGCAGUUUAAAUUGCAGUUCCUCAUGGCCAGGGAACUUUUUUUCCCCCUGGUUUUGUGCAUUUUCUGCCCGUUUGCAAAUGGAUAAAGUAGCGGUUUUCUAGUCUUUACUGCAGCUGGUUAGAAGCGACAGCUUGGUUGGAAGAGCUCAGCAAUCCACAAGGGUAUGUGGGACCACUGAUCAGGAAUUAUAAUAACGCACCCAUCCCGUCGUUUUUGUGGCUUUAUUCUUGCAGUUUCCUUCACUAACUGGGAGCCGGAAUAAAUCUCAUGGCCCGAGAUGGGAGCGGGCCGGGGUGCGGAAUUCCAUGGGGUUUCCACUCUUAAAGGCCAGGACACGAAACACAUUGUAUUUGCUUGGAAUUUUGUACAAACGCUUGUCAUGGAAAUAAAGACGCUCUUCCCUUCCA